AUGAGGGAAUCGAUUGGCGUCCCAAGUGCGACGUCUGAAUCCCCAGCAGAUCGGAAGCGCAAGCGAUCCAGUCGCCCAGGAGUCGCAGAAGAGGCGCACUCCCAGCAAACAAUCCAGACCUUGUUCAACGGCCAGCAGAAACCGCAUCAGAAGACCGAUAUCCCGCCAACUCCAUCGAGCAAACGUCAUAAGCCCGAGGCCAUAUACUCUGCAGCCACGCCAACCAAGUCGCUGCCCGCCAAAGACAUGUAUUCCUUCGCCUCGCGCUCGCCGGUACAGAACGGCAAUGGCGUUAUCGACCUAACAAACGGCAGCUCGUCAUCGCCGCGGCGGAUAAAUGGCACACAAUCCGGCAUCAAUCCUCAGACAGGAGCCAGGAAGCUGGUCGUCAAGAACCUCAAGACUAAUACCAGCUGGGACAGCAAGGCAUAUCUGGAGAAGAUCUGGGGACAACUAGAUAAGGCUCUGGCCUCCAUAUUCAAGGACAGACACGAAGGCUUCAGCAAAGAAGAUCUGUACCGAGGCGUGGAGAAUGUAUGCAGACAGGGCGGCGCUUCCACCUUAUUCUCCCGCCUCGAGAACAAAUGUCGAACGCACGUCGAGCGAGACAUGCUCGCACCUUUGCUGGCGAAGGCCGGAUCGGACAAUAUCGUUGUUCUCAAAGCAGUGUUGGCCGAGUGGUCUCGGUGGUCGACGCAGAUGAUAAGCAUCCGUGCCAUAUUCUUCUUCAUGGACCGCUCGUACCUCCUAUCUUCUAGCAAGCCAACCCUCGAGCAGCUCACACCUCAACUGUUCCGAGAGGUUGUAUCCAGUCAUGAGACGCUCAAGCCAAAGAUUGUCGACGGCGCAUGUGAUCUGGUCUCCGUCGAUCGAACGCAUCCCCAAUCUAUUGACCAAAACCUGUUCAGACAAGCGGUCGAUAUGUUCCACGCGCUCGGUACCUACACUUCGUCUUUUGAAUCCCGUUUUUUGGGUGUCACCCAACGGUACGUGGAUGACUGGUCCAACGAAAUGAUUGCGGAGAAGAGUGUACCAGAAUAUGUAGCUCUCGCGGAUCAGCUCAUUGCGAAGGAAACUGCGCGGUGUGACGAGUUCAACCUGGAUGGCAGCACGAGGCGCGAACUCCUCGUGUUGUUGGACGAUCAUCUUGUUGAGCGGAAGGAGGCCGACCUCACAGAUUAUCCGCCCGUGGCAUCGAUGCUUGAAGAACAUGCCGUCUCGGAUCUGACAGCUCUAUACGCACUCUUGAAGCGGCGGCGACUUGGUAACAAGUUGCGACCACCCUUUGAGAAAUGGGUGGAUGCAACAGGCACACGCAUUGUAUUUGCCGAGGAGUCCCACGAUAUGAUCAUUCAUUUGCUUUCACUGAAGCGACGACUGGAUUACAUCUGGAAAGAAGCAUUCCAACGAGAUGAAAGCAUUGGCCAUGCUCUACGAGAGAGCUUUGAGACCUUCAUGAAUAAGACCAAGAAGGGCGACGCUACAUGGGGCACAGACAACACGAAAGUGGGUGAGAUGAUCGCCAAGUAUGUCGAUCAACUACUCCGUGGUGGAGCUAAAGCCAUUCCGGACGUCCUAACCGCGAGAGGAUCGUCAAGCAUAACGGCAGCUCCAGGCGAGGCAAUGGAGGAGGAAAAUGAGGAUCGUGAGAUGGACGAGGAUGCUGAAGUCAACAUACAGCUCGACCAAGUCUUGGAUCUCUUCCGAUUUGUACAUGGCAAGGCUGUGUUUGAAGCUUUCUACAAGAAAGACUUGGCUAGGCGUUUAUUAAUGGGAAGAAGUGCCUCUGCUGACGCAGAACGAAGCAUGCUUGCACGCCUGAAGACCGAAUGCGGUAGCGGCUUCACUCAAAACUUGGAGCAGAUGUUUAAGGAUGUCGAGCUCGCGAGAGAAGAGAUGCAGUCCUACAGACAGAGAUUGGAGGACCGCUUGGGCUAUGAGAAGGGUAAGAACAUCGAUCUCAGCGUCAACAUACUGUCUGCGGCGGCCUGGCCCACGUAUCCGGAUAUUCCAGUCAUCAUCCCGGCCAAUGUCAAGAAGGCGAUCGACGAUUUCGAGCUACAUUACAAAAGCAAGCACACUGGUAGGAAGCUGGAUUGGAAGCACGCUCUAGCGCACUGCCAAAUGCGAGCGACUUUUAACAAAGGCAGCAAGGAGUUGGUGGUGUCCAGCUUCCAGGCUGUAGUGCUGUUGUUGUUCAACGGUCUCACUGAGAGUGAUCACUUGACGUAUUCGCAUAUCCUCUCAGAGACUGGCCUGCGUAAGUGCCGUAGCUAUUUCUGCCCUAGAACAGUGAGAUACUGACUUCGUACAGCCGAACCUGAAGUCAAGCGCACCCUUCAAUCGCUCGCUUGCGCCAAGCUCCGUCCGCUCAGCAAGCACCCGAAAGGCAAGGAGAUCAACGACACAGACACUUUCACGAUCAAUGGAAACUUUGAGCAUCCGAAAUACCGUGUCAAGGUCAAUCAAGUGCAACUGAAAGAGACCAAAGAAGAAAACAAGGAAACGCACAUGCGUGUUGCCGAAGACCGCAACUUUGAAUGUCAAGCUGCCGUCGUGCGGAUUAUGAAGAGCAGGAAGACAAUCUCACACCAAGAGCUGGUGUCUGAGGUUAUCAAGGCGACCAUGAGCCGUGGUGUGCUCGCUGUGGCAGACAUCAAGAAGAAUAUUGAUCGGUUGAUCGAGAAAGAUUACAUGGAAAGAGAAGAGGGCAAUAUGUAUUCGUAUCUUGCAUAG